AUGCAGGUGCUCAAGACGCUGGGAGACGGGACAUAUGGUUCAGUUCUGAAAGCCCAGAACAAGCAGACCAAUGAGUGGGUGGCCAUCAAGAAGAUGAAACAGAAGUAUUAUAGCUGGGAUGAGUGCAUGAAGCUUCGAGAAAUCGCAUCCUUGCGGAAGCUGAUACAUCCCAACAUUGUGAAGUUGAAGGAGGUCAUCCGAGAAAACGAUGAGCUUCAUCUAGUUUUCGAACACAUGGAGGCCAACCUGUACGAAUUCAUGAAAUCCAGAGUUCGUGCGAUACCAGAGAGCAAGGUCCGAAACAUCAUGUUCCAGACCAUGCAGGCCAUGAACUACGUGCAUAAGCAUGGUUACUUUCACCGAGACAUGAAGCCCGAGAAUCUUCUAGUCAGUGGAGAGACAGUCAAGAUGGCAGACUUCGGCUUGGCGCGCGAAAUCAGAGCGCGCCCGCCCUUCACGGAAUACGUCUCGACUCGGUGGUACCGGGCACCUGAGGUGCUGCUGCGUAGCUCCGUCUACAACUCCCCGCUGGACAUUUGGGCCUGCGGCGGUAUCAUGGCCGAGCUGUACACGCUGAGGCCGCUCUUCCCAGGCGCGUCUGAGAGCGAUCAGCUCUACAAGAUCUGCUCCGUGCUUGGCACGCCCACAACAGUGAGCUGGCCAGAUGGGUUUAAGUUGGCCUCACAGCUCGGCUACCGAUUUCCGCAGUUUGUGCCUACAAGGCUGGAGACCCUGGUGCCGCAGGCAAACGCCGACGGCAUCCAGCUUAUGCAGGCCAUGAUGCAGUGGGACCCCAAUCGGCGGCACUCCGCAACGAAGAUCCUGCAUCAUCCAUACUUUGAGGCAGAUGCUCUGAACGAAACUGCUCAGUUCGGCCUGCCCUCCGUUCCUGCUGGCACUGCCUCAGAGGCGGCGCCAGCAGCCCCGAGCGCGGCGCUGCCCAAGCAGAAGCCAGGGAUUCCGUCGCUACCCGGUGGAAGCAGCAGCCUCACCGGUAGCCACAGCCUCUCUGGCGGCGACGCCCUCUUUAACAGCAAAGGAAGCUGGAAAGAUAGCCACGGCCCGAACUCGGGCCGAAGGCCCUCUGGCUUCGGCAGCGGGAAAGAAAAUGCAGGCGGUUCAAAAGGCUUCAACCUACCGCCGCUGGGCGCACCUUCCAUGGCACCCAUGGAAGGCCGGAAGAGCUCUGGCACCGGCAAAAAGAGUCCCGGGGCGCGCUACCUCAAGAUGGCACGCUACCAGCCAGGAAUGCCGCAGCAGAUGUCGUCCUUGCCGUCGGUGCGGCCGAGUUUGCCUCACGGGGCUGGCAUGCCGGGUGUGGCCGGUGUUCCAAGUGCCGGCAAUGGGCGGCCGGAUGCCUUGCCGGAGGUUGGCGGAGGGCCCACCCGACAGAGCUACUUCGGAGCCCAUGCGGCCAGAAUGCUGGGCUGA